AUGCAAACGGCACUGCCAGCCUUGGACAUAGGGUCCAUUCGAGGAGGCAGCCAAGCAUCACAGGCAUCUUCCCGGCCUGCCACGUCGCGGUCCAGGCGCAGCCACGGCAGCAAAGGCAGUGCCAAGGCAGCGGAAGCUGCGAGGGUCGAGGCUGGCCCACCCGAGGAGGGGCCCCGACCAGCAACCAGCCCGGGCAGCAUUCAUAACUAUGGCUGGGACCGAGACGUCACCAAGCGGUUCAAAGAGCUUGGGCAACGCGACAACGUCGGCAUCUUGAUGGGCAGCGCUCCUCACUGGUCCAGCGCACCGGAAGCCUUGAAAAUUCUCCAGGCUACGGCGCCGGCAGCGAACUUCGACUCGACCAUGAGGUCAACUCACACCUUCGAGAUUGCCGUUACGCCACGGGACCUGUUGCACAUCGCGAACAACAGGCGCCGUGAUGUCAUGACCGAGUUUCAGCAAGUCCUUCGUGUGCAAGAACCGAUGCUGCGCAAACUGAGAAGGCUGUAG